CCUUCCGCUCCCCUUAGCAACCCUCAGCCGUUACUGAGGUCUACCUUCCCGCCCCGCGUUUGCUAUUGUCGACUCUCGACUCCCAUUGGUGGUUGCCCGUGUCAAUCAUCUUCGACAUUUGGCGCGGGUGAAUCAGGCGCUCUGGUUUUGUUUGCUCCCUGCAGCGUAAGCGGUGGACGGUGGUUCUGGCGGCACGGGACGGCGAGGCCAGCUGUUCUGAGACGCUAAGCAGCUGCGGGGGCUUCGAAAGCGGAUCUCCCACGGAGGGGUGAUAAUCCCACAGCGCUCCUCUGCUGGUAAAUAACAUGUAAAAGGAGUUUAAAUGACAGCAAAAGAAACCACUCCUGAUGAAGUAGGAGCUGUUAGUGUCCCUUACGGACAUGUGAUUGGAAAUGAGAAAUGGAGAGGGUCACAGAUAGCUCAAGGAUUACAAGGGAAAAUUAAGCUAAUUCUUGAAGAUGGCUUAGGACUUGUGGAUUUUCAUCUUUCAAACAGAUCUUGCAUUUUGUAUAUUUUGGAAGCAGAUUUGGUGGCAGGAAGUAGCUUCAAAAGACGUCUUGUUCGAUUUAGAAAUGCCAGCAGUCUUCAUGGGAUUGUGAUAGUUGAAAAAACCCAGAUAAGUGAUCAAUACUUUCCAGCAGUGCAGAAGUUUAUUGUGCUAGAACUUGGAAUGACAUUGCUUCCGGUGGCCAAUCAGGGAGAAGCAUCUCAACUUAUUAUUCAGCUAGUCCAUGAGCAAAGUAAGGAUCACACUAGUAACCCCUUUCUUCAUAAAAAAUGUUCCCAGCUAGUGGAGGCAUCAAUACUUCGGACAGUCCAGCAGAUUCCAGGAGUUGGGAAAACAAAAGCUCUGCUUCUACUACAGCAAUUUGUAAGCAUCCACCAGCUUUGCAAUGCAUCUGUCCAGGACCUCGAGCUAGUAGUAGGACAAACAAUAGCACAACAAAUUCAUGCUUUCUUUACACAGACAAAGUGACAUUCGCUCAUUAAUAUCUCAGACAAACAUGAGGGUUUUCUCCUUUGGAAGUGGAGAGUAAUCUUUGAGUCCUAUUCUAGGUGGAAUUGAUUUAUAUUUUUAAAGAACAAUUCAAGGAUGGACUCCAUUUCCACCUAGUGUCUAUGCUGAAGGCAUCAUUGUCACACCCAAUCAGCAACUAAAAAGAGAUGAGCAGGGAUCUUGAGAUUUCAGCCCUCUACUUAUGUCACAGCUUCACACACACAACAUAUUCUGUCUUCUCCCCACCCCCAAACUCUGCUUGCAUUGCCAGAUCUUCAGCAGACAUAUGUGGAUGUAGCUGCAUUUAAACCAAGUUGUGAUCUGGCCCCUUAUAUUUCAUGUUCUGAGUGCAGUUUCAUGGUGGUUGUCAGGGAAUUAUUUGAGUUUCUCAUUGUGCAUGAACACUUGAGUUGUGUGCUAUUCCCUUGUGUCUGAGCUGUUGGUUUUUUUCUUUUCUAUAAACCUCAUUUAGGGCCCAAUCCUACAGCCCUUGGUCAUGCCAUUUUGUUUGGUUCACUUUAAUGGGACUAGCAUGAGUAUGAGCUGCAGUACUGAACCUAUGCUUUUAUUACUUUGGAGGCUGCUUUGAGCAGUUCAGCUGCAGUUUCUUAGGUUUUAAAUUUCCAUGGUCAUUUGAAUGGAGCCCUUUUCUAAUAACCUGCCGGAUAUUAUCAUACGUACUUCCUCCUUAUUGCAAGAUGUCCAAUAAACUAGGAUGUUUGUUCAUACCUUUUAGUUUUUUCUGGAUUAAGAUAACUAUAAUGCUUUAUCGGCAUGCCAACAUCAUCCGCCACAGAAUAUAAAAUUUCACAGUCCAACUUCCUUUCCCCUUUACCAGCCCGUCUGAAAUAGUUUCCUAUAAAGGAAAGGGUUGCUGUGCAUUCCUGGCUACCUUGGACUUAAUUGUCAGUGGAGGUUCCCUGUCCUUCCAUUUCUUUUAGAGCAAAAUUGUCUCUUGCCCCAGACACCAGUUAUGAAGUCUAUCUAAGGUGAGCUACUUGCAUUGCAGGUCUGUGUAGGGGGAAAGUAGCCUUUGCAGGGUUGCUGCUCCCCCCUCUCAUGCAGAUGGGUGGAGAGUGGCGAGGAAGGAGCAGGGAAUGGACCCCUUCACACCCACCCAAGGCACCAUCUAGUAUAGAGGGAAAGCAAUUACUGGUAUGGACUCCUUAUUAGUGGAUGAGAGUAACUUUCAUUCUAGCCCUAAAUGUUCAAAUUAUUGAAUGGCAAUGAUUCCUGGAACUAUGGAACAAGCUAUUGCACUUCUGGGGCUUGCUUCUGCGAGUUUAAAUCUCAUGUAAAUACAUGUUCAUUGUCCCUUCUCUCACUCCUUCCCACAUACACGCUUUCCUUAAGUAGACUGUGGGGCUAUAAAACCUUUCUGUUGUACGCUGUGAUGUGUGUAUUGCUUGGCAAUCUUUUAUCUACUGGUACUGCAGGACAAGCACUUUUUAAAUAUUUCAAAUGGCUGGCUGUUCAGUACAUUAAAUAAAUCAAGAAGGUAGGUAAUUAGAGCAGUGACUAUUAGUGCUAAUGGGCUGAGCUGCUAAUCUAUUAUAAAACCUGUAUUUCCAAGUUUUGGUAACACCCAUAGACAUUCCUUGUGAGUGAUCCUUGUAAGGCUCUUAGCCCCAAAGUAAUCUUUAAACAUAUGUUCGACACAGUUUUUGUGUUGCACAAACAGAACUUUAUUUUUCAAAUGCAAUUUGCUGUGGAAUUGGUAAGGUAAACCCUAAUGAUUUUGGUCAUUUAAAAAUAAACUCUGAGAUAAGCUAUAAUGAGUCUCCUGUGAGUUGCCAGAAAAUAUUGUAAAAGUUAUGAAAAAUGAGUUGGUAUUUGAGGGGAGAAGGGUCUCUGAUAUUUAGCCAUGGAGUGAAAGUACAUUUGAGGUCCAAAUUAUGGGUCAAAAUUUGAUGAAAACAAUUGUCAAAAGGACUGGUUUGGGUUUUUUGUUUUGUUUACCCUGGUAAUAGACUUAAAUUAUAAAAGACAAAGUAAGCCCAAAAGAGGGGAAUAUUUAUGUGAGCACUGUCUUGUCAGGCUGAGGGUUAUUGCUGUAUCCUCCUACAACAGAGUAUAUUGAAUUCUACUGCAUGGAAUGUCAGACCUAAACAAUUUGUAUUAUAUCACCCCCCUAGUGACUGCAGCCUGCAUAAAUAUAAAAGCUCUAUUACCUGUGUCCAUUGGAAAUCCUCUGAGUCUUUCCUAGACUGCCACAAGAUGGCAAUCUAAUUCAAAGUAGAGAAAGUGAACAUCUUAAAGAAUAAGUGAUUUGCAGCACUUAUAAAAUUAAAAUGAAUAAAAUUGAAGAUGACAAACCUUUACAAAA